AGAAAAUGUAGUAAUACUAGCUUGGAUCUUGGUCUUUUUCAUUACUGCUAUUCUUAUGAAUCAUUCAAUUUAGGGUGACUCAAUCUCUUUCUGAAUUUACAAAUCUACCAAACAGCUUACAUGCUGCACCCAGUUUUCAAAUUUGAUGGGACAAGUACUGCUUUGAUCAUUGGUUAAGAGAAGAUAUAUAUACCGAUACAUUUGAAGAUGAAGUUUAUGAAAAUUGGGACUAAGCCGGACACCUUCUACACUGAACGAGCUACCAGGUCUGUAGCUUCAGAUGUACCCAGCGACCUUCUCAUACAAAUCAACAACGUCAGUUAUCUUCUCCAUAAGUUUCCAUUGCUUCCAAAAUGUGGGCUGUUACAGCAGCUUUGCUGUGAUUCUGGUGGUCCAGAAAAAGUGAACAUAGAGCUUCACGACAUUCCUGGAGGCGAAGAAGCUUUUGAGCUGUGUGCUAAGUUCUGUUAUGGAAUAAAAAUAAAUCUCAGUGCCUAUAACAUUGUACCUGCAUAUUGUGCUGCUAAAUUCCUUGGAAUGACUGAAUCUGUAGAGAAGGGAAAUUUUGUCCUAAAACUCGAGGCUUUCCUCAACUCAUGCAUUCUCGAAGGUUGGAAAGACUCCAUCAUCACACUACAAAGUACUGUUAAGUUGCCUGACUGGUCUGAGAAUCUUGGAAUCAUCAGAAAGUGCAUCGAUUCAAUUGUUGAAAAAAUCCUAACACCCCCACCAAAGGUGACAUGGUCCUACACAUAUACCAGACCUGGUUACAACAAAAAGCAUCAUCAUCCUGUCCCCAAGGAUUGGUGGACAGAGGAUAUAUCAGACCUUGAUAUAGACCUGUUUCGAUGCAUAGUUACUGCUGUUAGAUCAACAUAUAUGCUGCCACCACAGCUCAUUGGUGAGGCUUUGCAUGUAUACGCUUGUCGUUGGCUACCAGACACCACAAACAUUAGACCUCCUCUGGAUCAAAAUAGCGAUUCUAAUCAGGAUGAAACAUUAAUGGAAAAGAAUCGACGGAUUGUUGAUAACAUUGCUAGCAUGAUUCCUGGAGAUCAGGGAUCGGUUUCAGUUGGUUUCUUGCUAAGGCUUCUUAAUAUUGCAAACUAUUUAGGUGGAGUGUCUCCGGUGACAAAGACAGAACUCCUGAGGAGAUCCAGUUUACAACUUGAAGAGGCGACCGUGAAUGACCUGCUUAUUCCUUCACACUCACCCACUGACCCUGAAUUUUAUGAUAUUGACUUGGUAUUGUCACUCUUGCAAAGUUUCUUGAUGAGAUGGAAAAGACAAUCCCCUGCAGCAGCUGCAGAAAACAGCCACCACUUUUUCAGGACAAUUAGAAAGGUUGGGAAGAUCAUUGAUUCUUACCUACAAGUCGUCGCAACAGAUGCCAACAUGCCAGUAUCAAAAAUGGCAACUCUUGCAGAAGCUUUGCCAGAUAUUGCUAGGGAAGACCAUGAUGACAUCUACAAGGCUAUCAACAUUUAUCUAAAGGAGCAUUCUGAUCUGAGCAAGGCAGACAAGAAGCGGCUGUGCCGCAUUUUAGACUGCCAGAAGUUGUCACCAGAGGUACGUGCUCAUGCUGUCAAAAAUGAGAGGCUACCAUUGAGGAUUGUUGUGCAAGUCCUCUUCUUUGAGCAAGAGAGAGGGUCCAACUCUAAGGCAGCAGUGACAUCUCAUAGACUACCAGACCGGCUGGUGGGGCAACUUUCCAGCUCAGGAAAACAAACAUCAACUACUAGCAGAUCUGAAGAUCAUGCAGCUAAGCUAAGAACGGGUGGAGAUGAUGAAAAACUCAGUAUGGGGAAGGGCACGAGAAGAACCAAUAAUGCAGUUUCUGAAAGCACUAAUGCUCUUGGAACGAGAGGUAUUUAUGAGCAAAGGAAAAGAUCAGAAGCAAAGUCUGCAGCGGAAAUCAAGGAAAGGAAGGCAGUGAAAAGGGGUGAGAUACAAGAAGUGGAAGAAGUAGAUUUGGGAAGAGAAAUCAGGGAGCUGGGAAUAAUAUCAGCUGGGAGCAAGUUGGACGCUCACAAGAUGAUAAACAAGGGAAGUAGAUCAUCAGACCAUGGCCGCGACAAAGCCAAAGACAGAUAG